GGGCGCUCGGGGGCCUCGCGGCCCGCUUCACCCCUGACGCGGCCUCUCGCCGGCAGUCCGCCGCCCCCCGCGCGAUGGAGUCUCGGACGGAAGCGCAGAGCCGACGGGAGGCACAGGAAGCCCGAGGACGCCGAGGGCCCCGCGAAGCCGGCGGGCGACGGCCGACCCGACAGUUUUACCACUCCUGAAGGCCCGAAGCCCCGUUCUAGAUGUUCAGACUGGGCAAGUGCAGUUGAAGAGGAUGAAAUGAGGACCAGAGUUAACAAAGAGAUUGCAAGGUAUAAAAGGAAGCUUCUCAUAAAUGACUUUGGGAGAGAGAGAAAAUCCUCAUCGGGAAGUUCUGACUCCAAGGAGGCAGGGUCCACGGUGCCAGCUGACUUAGAGACAGACGAGAGCGUCCUGAUGAGGAGGCAGAAGCAGAUCAACUAUGGGAAGAACACCAUCGCCUAUGACCGCUAUAUCAAAGAAGUGCCGAGACACCUUCGACAACCCGGCAUCCAUCCCAAGACCCCCAACAAAUUCAAGAAGUAUAGUCGACGAUCCUGGGACCAGCAGAUCAAGCUCUGGAAGGUGGCUCUGCAUUUUUGGGAUCCUCCAGCUGAAGAAGGAUGUGAUUUGCAAGAAAUACAUCCUGUGGACCUCAGCGAGAUGGAGACUGAAUCUGCAGAGAGCAGCUCCGAGUCCCAGACAAGCUCUCAGGAUAACUUUGACAUGUACUCUGGCACGCCCACCAAAGUCAGGCACGUUGACUGCCAAGUGGAGGACGAGUUUGAUCUGGAAGCUUGUUUAACUGAGCCUUUGAAAGAUUUCUCAGCCAUGAGCUAACUGAUGCCACCCGGAGGCCACUGGGAGUGAGAGUUGCCUCCACCUGGCAGGGUGGGGGCGAGUCAAGCACGGGUCCUGCAUCGGUAACCGGAUGGUUUCUGUUCCUAGUUCAUAAUCGCAUUAUCUCAUGGUGAAUUGUUACUCUUGCCUUAUUUUCUUAAGAAAUGUUAAUUUUAUGUAUAGUGAGUGUAUUCUGCAUGUUUUAAAUUGUAAAUGGAACUAAACCCAAGGAAAAUUGAACUUGAAGCAGUCUGGAAAACUUAAUUGCCUAAUCCCUCUCAUUGUCCAAGUUAACUUGACAAGCAUAUUUUAACUGGUUUUCCAUGAGUAUGUUAGACAUUAAGUUGUUACUUGUCAGAUGGCUGGUUUGAGGUUAGCCGCACAUUCAUGGGGCCGGUCAUGCAUCAACUUUGUUUACUGGUAUCUGAGUAUUCUCAUAAUUGAAUAACUUUAAUGUCUUUACAGAAGCUUAAUUUUAGGCCUUUUGUCAGUACAUCAAGGUGUGUUUUUUUUCUCAUACAGAGCACUGAAUUGUCAAAGGUAGUAAAUCGAGCUGUUAAGGGAUUUUAUGUAAUUUAUACAGUCUUAAUUUGGUACUUGUAAAUAGCCCUGGGUAGGCCUUCUACCUGUGAUACUCCAAGAAUUAAGGCAGCAGAGGGGUUUAGAAAGAACAUUUUUUUACAGUCAGUUAAUUUACCGUGUAAAAUUGCUGUAAAUGAUGUGUACAGAUUUUCUGUUCAAAUAUUCAAUUGUAAACUUCUUGUUAAGACUGUUAUGUUUCUAUUGCUUUUGUAUGGAAUGAUAUUGCAAAAAUAAAAAGAAAAGAACCUUU